GAAGCCCUCUCCCAGGCAGGGUUAGGCUCACCCUACAUCCCAAACAGCAACUAUUCUUUUGCUAUUUUGUCUUUUCACAACCUUAAAUAGGCUUAGGGUUUUUGAAGAAGAUAAUAAAAAGCAAAACCUCAAAACCUUUUCUCCUACCUCAACUUUAUUCCACUCCUUCUUCACCUCACAGUUUCAGUUUGCAGACAAAAAACGCAGAGAAUAACAGAUUCAAAAUGCUGGACAUCAAUCUCUUCAGAGUAGAGAAAGGUGGAAACCCCGAACUCAUUCGCGAAUCCCAACGCCGUCGUUUCGCCAACGUCGAACUCGUCGACGAAGUCAUCGCCAUCGACAAACAAUGGCGCCAACUUCAAUUCGAUCUGGAGAAUCUUCGCAAGGACUUCAACAAGAUCAACAGGCAAGUCGCUCAGCUUCGAAUUGCAGGUGAAGAUGCCAGUGAGAUGAUAAAGAAUACUGAGGAGAAUAAGAAGUCAGCAGCAGAGAAAGAAGCUGAAGUUCGGGAAGUUUUACAGCAGUUGAAUUCAAAAUUGCUAUUAAUUGGAAAUCUUGUUCAUGAUUCAGUUCCAGUUGAUAAUGACGAGGCAAACAAUAAGGUGGUCCGAUCAUGGGGUGAGAAACGAUUGGAGCCAAAACUAAAGAAUCAUGUUGAUCUUGUUGAGCUCCUUGGGAUUGCAGAUUUGAAGAAAGGUGCCGAUAUAGCUGGAGGCAGAGGUUUCUAUUUGAAAGGAGAUGGUGUGCGUCUUAAUCAAGCUCUUAUUAACUUUGGUCUUGAUUUUUUGGAGAAAAGGGGAUAUACAUUAUUGCAAACUCCAUUCUUCAUGAGAAAAGAGGUCAUGGCAAAGUGUGCUCAAUUAGCACAGUUUGAUGAAGAGCUUUACAAGGUCACAGGUGAGGGAGAUGACAAAUAUCUGAUUGCUACAGCUGAACAGCCACUUUGUGCGUAUCAUCUGGAAGAUUGGAUCCACCCUUCUGAGCUACCAAUAAGAUAUGCUGGAUAUUCCUCUUGCUUCCGUAAAGAGGCUGGUGCACAUGGUCGAGAUACUCUGGGAAUAUUCAGAGUUCAUCAGUUUGAGAAAGUGGAGCAGUUUUGUAUUACCAGCCCUGAUAAUAAUGAAUCUUGGGAAAUGCAUGAGGAAAUGAUCAAAAACUCUGAGGAUUUCUACAAGAUGCUAAACCUCCCCUAUCAAGUUGUUUCUAUCGUUUCUGGUGCUCUGAAUGAUGCUGCCUCAAAGAAGUAUGAUUUGGAGGCAUGGUUUCCUGCAUCUCAGGCUUACAGAGAGCUGGUGUCUUGUUCAAACUGUACAGACUAUCAGGCAAGAAGAAUGGAAACCCGAUAUGGACAGAAAAAGAGCAAUGAGCAGACAAAGAAAUAUGUGCACUUGUUGAACUCUACUCUCACAGCAACAGAGAGGACCAUGUGCUGCAUUCUUGAGAACUACCAGAGGGAGAAUGGUGUCGAGAUACCAGAAGCUUUACAAGAAUUUAUGGGUGGAAAGACCUUCCUACCUUUCAAGAUCAGACCAGCCCCUGAAGCCAAAGGGAAGAAACCGAAGGCCUAGUUUUAUUAUUAUAAUAAGCUUUGACUGAGUAUUAGCUGGGAAGUAAUUAACAUUUCUAUGUUUUUUUAUGAAGGGUGUCGGGGAUGGGUGGGAACAACAGAAAACAAAUUGUUCUGAUGCAUUGUUGAGAAAUUGGAAAACCUAAUUUUAUGAUCAGUGUUUAAAUUCGAUUUUGCAAGAUCAUUCUUACCUAAAUACCAUAUUGAACUAUAUGGUAGAUUGAUUUAAUAAGGGCAUUGUUACAUGUUCACCAUUGGCUGGCACCUUCAUCGAAAUCAUUAUUAUCACUUUUUUUUUUAUAGAAAUCAAAGUAAUGAUUGAUGAUGUGUAAGUUUGUAGUGGUGGGGUUCUUGUGUUGAUAUGUCAACAGGAUGAGUGCAACUAUUCUUUGAGUUUUCAAGUAAUAUCAAUGGGAAGAUAUGCUUGAAAGCUUGCAAUUUUUACCAAAUGAGACCCUGUUUUAUGGAUUUGUUGGGAGUACUAGGUUGUGUAUGUGACUGUUUAUGAAAGCAAAGAAAGAUUAAUUUGAUAUUCCUGUGGCUUCGAUUUAAACUAAUAUUCCCACUUGAUGAGGCUACACCGAGCUGAUUGAAUUUGAUAAUGAGCUGUGUAUGGACGUGGCACAAGUCAAAUGUCCCAUGUAAAAGUGAUCAAAUCUAGUAUAUAGUCUCAUCACUUAUGUAGCCUUUAAUCACAAUCCCGGCUUCUGAAAUUUACAUUUUCUUCUUUUGCAGGACACGCAAGUCCAUUCAAUCCAAUCAAGCUGUACCAAAAUUCGCUCCAAUUAUGAAACUGUUUGAAAAGAGGAACAUGGUGUGGAAACAUGGGCUUAAAUUAUUCGGCAAACAUUUGUAAUAUGAAGUCCAAUCUUCUUUAAUCAACUUUCCAAAGCACAAUGUUUUUAGAUUAAUUCCUAGCUAGUAAUUUAUCUAGCUGACUGUUGAAAGUUGGACUUUAUAAACUAAGAGUCCACGACAAGGAAUUAUUUUGACCUCUGAAAAUCAAAUUUAAUCAAGAACCUUUUUAUUAUUUUUU